GCGUAUAAGCCACCAGGACAAAGAAACCGGGGAGUGUUGGAGGGAGUGUGUGGCUGUAGAAAUGGCUGCUCUCAAAUCCUUCGCUACCGCCGUCAUUUUGGGAGUAGUCCUUUCACAGCUAGCUUGUGUGUCGGGAAUGCCCCACAGCUAUUCUCUAGGAAGCUCUCUGAAAGGAUUUCUUCACAAAGUCUUGGACAAAUUUCACGCAAGUGUGAAAUGUGACGCAUGCAAAGCUAUUGUCGGUUUUACGCAAAUUGCGUUCAAAACAAACGCGGCCCAAGACGACGUGGCUGGAUUCGUAACAAAUCUAUGCCUGAAACUCAAAGUAGAGGAUACAAGAGUUUGUAAAUUAGUCAUCCAGGAAUUCAAAGGCGAGGUUUUGACAGUUUUUGAUGAGUUUUUCUUGAGUUCUAAUGAAGUUUGUGGGACAUUGUUUGGAUCGACUUGUGCAAAGACAUUCAACCCGGAUAUCUUUUGGAACGUAACGUUUCCCAAGACCCCCAAACCACCUGUUGUACCCAUACCUCAACCGAAGGCAGGGUCUCCUGUCAGUCGAGUUCUGCACAUCUCAGAUAUACACCUGGAUCCGCUGUAUACAGAAGGUGCAAAUCCUGACUGUGGGGAACCACUAUGCUGCCGCAGCAAUGACCCCACCCCAGGUCCUGGCAAACGCAAGGCUGGCAAAUAUGGGGACUAUUCUUGCGACACCCCCUUGAUCACCCUUGAGAACAUGCUACAGCAUAUCAGCAAAACACAUAAGGUGGAUUAUGUGCUCUGGACGGGAGAUAUACCACCUCAUAAUAUCUGGAACCAAUCACGAAAUGCCCAGCUAAAAUCUCUGGAUAAUGCAGUGGAUUUGAUUUUGCAUUACUUGCCUGGAGUCAAAGUCUUUCCAGCUAUUGGGAACCACGAGGGAUCCCCUGUGAACAGUUUCCCACCGCCCUCCAUCACAGAUGAGAACUCCAACUCAUGGUUAAGGAAUGAACUGGCAAAAGACUGGGGUAACUGGCUGCCGGAAUACACAAUGUCAACUAUUAAAAAGGGUGCUUUCUACUCCGUGCUGGUGAGCAAAGGGCUACGGAUAGUUUCUAUCAACAUGAACUACUGUAACAACAUGAACUGGUGGCUGUUGCUUGACAGCAUCGAUCCUGCAGGUCAGCUACAGUGGCUUGUUGACACCUUACAGGAGUCAGAGGACAACGGGGAGAAGGUGCACAUUAUCGGACACAUACCUCCUGGAAGCAGUGACUGUCUCAAGGCCUUCAGCUGGAAUUACUACAGUAUCAUCAAUCGUUAUCAGUCAACCGUCACAGCACAGUUUUUUGGACACACCCAUAGCGAUGAAUUCGAGGUUUUCUACGACGAGAAAACACGUCGAAUUCCGAUCAGUUUUGCAUUCCUUGGCCCAAGUGUCACACCAUACCAAUUCCAUAACCCUGGCUACCGUAUUUAUGACAUUGAUGGAGACUAUGACAAUAGUUCAAGGGUUGUUUUGAAUCAUGAGACCUAUAUUCUGGAUCUUAUUGAAGCAAACAAAGGGGAGGUCCAGUGGACACUGGAAUACAAUGCAAAGGAUGCCUAUAAAAUGCCCUCACUGCUCCCCUCCGCUUGGCACGAUCUCUUGAUUCGCAUGACCAAAGACCCCAGUCUCGUGGAGCUCGCAUACAAGUACUUCUAUAAGUCCUCCCCGGAGAGUAUACACGGCGGGAAAUGUGACUCACCUUCGUGCCAAAAAAGCUUCAUAUGCCGGAUGAUGGAAGGCCGGAGCAACGACGACGGACUUUGCUUUCUGCACGGUUUGACGGUCGAUAGGAGCAUUAAACAUGCAUACGAGAAACACGUGUGUUGAUGAGGGACACGAAAACUGAAACUGGUAUCGUGUGGUAUUGGGGUCCCUGUGGUUUAUUAUAUGACGUCAGCACCGUCUAACCACAGAAAAGCCAAAAAAUAUAAAAAUUGGAAAAGAAAAUGAUGAUUUUGUUUCGUUGGAAGGGUCGAUGGAGGCAAAAGAAAUAAUACAAUCCAGACUCAAGUAAAUUUUUAUAAAAACAUACAAAAGCAAAAGACAUUCAAAACAUGAAUGCUGAAUAAUGGUGAUGAAAAUUUCUCAAUUUAAAAGCAGGCUAAAUUUCAUAAUUAAUAGUAUUUAUGAUAAAAUAUUUCCAGUGUAUAUUAUUUACUACCAUUUAAUGAAAUCACAUUCACUGUACGUGCGACUAUCAGUGCUCAUGAAAAAAAAAUAUAGGGCUUGAUUUUCCGUUAUUACGGAGUUCGUAGGGAAAUCUCUUUAACAGGCUUUAGUCUUGUAAACAUGUGAGAUGUGAUCGCAGACUAUGACCUGACCGAGUAAGAUUAGAUAAAAACCUCACCCUGCUAUCAGGGGCGAUCUGACGUUCGAAUUAGCUGCGAUCGUGCGGAUCAUUAUUAUUACUAUGCAAGGGCUAGUAACACGAUUUCUCUACUAUUAGAGUCCUUAAAAAAGAUAUUAUCGUAUAGUGUUUACCAUUUAUUAGAGAUAAAUAGAGGUUAUUUAGAAUUCGAGGAAGCUAUCGCUUUUUCUAAUAUAUUGAUGCAUGUAAUUGUAAAUAUAUUUAAAUUUUGUACUCUUGAAUGAGGUAUUUGCAAUAAAAACGCUGCGCUUUCUUGUU